AGCAGCUUCCUCUCCGCUCCAAGUGAGCAGCACCGCAGCAGCACACGACCCCCUCUCCACUCUUCAGCGCUGCCGGCCGGCCCGCCAAAUCUGGUCAAACCCUAACCACCGAUCCCCUUCCUCUCCGCCGGGACCUGCCGCCCGAUUCCUCCGCCCGCCAUGGACUCGCCGGUGCUACCAACCAGCGACCGCGGGACGCACCUCUCGCUCCUAGCGGACGAGAUCCUGGAGGAGAUCUUCCUCCGCCUGCCCACCCCGGAGGCGCUCGCGUGCGCGUCCGCCGCCUGCGCCACCUUCCGCCGCGUCAUCACCGACCGCCCCUUCCUCCGCCGCUUCCGCAAGCUCCACCCGCCUCCCCUCCUCGGCCUCAUCAACGACAGGGGCGGCGGCUUCCACCCCGCCCAGGCGCCGCACCCCUCCGCUAGGCUCGCCCGCGCCCUCCUCGACGCCGCCGACUUCACCUACUCCUUCGUGCCCAAGCCCAAGGAGGGGUGGCUCAGCCCCUGGCAUCCCCGCGACGUCCGCGACGGCCGCGUCCUCCUCGACUGCAGGGUCCCGGGGAGAACCUUCAAAUCCGCCCUCGCCGUGUGCGACCCCUUGUCGCGGCGCUACGUGCUGCUGCCACCGGUACCCGAGGACGACAUAACCGCCCAGGAAGGACGCCCUGCUGAAUUGGCGCCAGUCCUCGCCCCGGUCGGUGACGAUGAGGAUGAGACGUCGUUCAGGGUGAUAUGCAUGGCGCACUACAGAACCAAGGUUGUCGCGUUCGUCUUCUCGUCCGUUACUCGGCAAUGGUGUAUACCUGCUUCUCCCAGCUGGAGUUCUUUGGGCACAGACAGCCCCCAUGGGCUGCAGAACAGUUCUGAUUCGGGAGGAUGCCGUGGCUUGUCAAGUUUCGACCAUGUGCGUGGCUGCUUCUACUCGGCGUCACCUUGGCUGGACAAAUUUCUUGUUCUGGAUACACGGAGAAUGGAGUUUUCCACUAUCAGCGAUCACAGUGGCUUCCAUGAGCUGCUCAGACGUCUGCCUGGCCAGGCACUUGCAGAACACGGUAUGCAUCACCGAACUCGGCCUGGCCAGACCAGAAGUCUGCCUGGCUUUGUAGUUGGUAGAGAAGGAUCCCUUGAGUUGUUGUCUCUUGUUGGUGAUCACAGUCCAAAUGGAUCGUUUCGUCUUGUUUGUACCACUCAAAAUAACAGCGAAUCUCCCAAGGAAUGGCGGCUGGAGAAUGUUAUAUCCUUGCCUGGCCAAUAUGACUAUUUCACCGUUGGCGCAGCUGAGGGAUUCUUAUUUCUCGGAGGCACUACAGAAUCUCAGCAGGACUGUCAUGAAACUGAAUGGGUGGAUACUUGGGAUAUAGAUUAUUUUUCAGUGGAGGUCCAGACUUCAGAGCUUAAGAAAAUCUGUAGGAUGACAAAGCCAUGCUUCAACCACGAACGUGUCCACCCAUACUUCGGCUUCCCACCAUCGUUGUCAAGACCGACUAUAUGAAGUUGACGUUAUUGGUUGGUUCAGUUUCUGUUGGGAGAAUUUGUCAAAGUAAGGAAGAUGGUCAUGGUUUGUUUCUGACGUGUCCAACAAUGUCAAGUGACUGGGCAAGUAACGAAAAAAUUCGUACCAGGAAAGGCAUUUAUCCCACUAAAUUUGCAUAACCUGAAAAGCAUUUUUGUACACAAUAUAUUACCUUUGAAAAACAGGGGAACUGGCUUGGUUUUCCUGGGUACACUGCACCUCUGGUCCUCUGGUGGUAACCAGACCCAGACUGGUUUAAUCAUUUGGAUCUUAACUUUUUGCUGUUCAACUGUUGGUCCAUGCUGUGUUUGAUUUUGCUAGUUUGAAUUCCACCAAUUGAGCCUAUCCACGCCAAAUCUCAGAUGUGAAAUCUUGAUUGUGGUUUACCAGUUUUGAUGUUAUAUAAAAACCAAGACUAUCUAUUGGAAUGGUAGUGCAUGUUAUAGGGCUUAGUAUUUACAUAUCUUUCACUGGAAAUGUUGAUUCUCGAAAGAAGAAUGUUGCUUGAGGGCCUUGAAGCUUUUAUCUAGCAUUGAAAUGUUGUGUUUCUAUUAAUCUAUAGUAGCAUGUUUCAGAACUAGGAUUACAUGUCCCUGGUGCUCCUGAAACACGAAUGAGCACCUUAUGUGCCGUUUACUCUUUACUUUCCAGUUUUGCAUAGCUGGUCUAAUUUUUUAUAUUGCUCCCAAAAUGUCAUAAGAUGGCCCUGGGAUUAAU